AUGUAUCAAUUAAAAAUUAGUAAAUCACAAGAAUAUAAUUCAUUAACAUCAAUGGGAUUCGACAAAAAUGUUGCAAAAAUAGCACUUAUUAUAACGAAAAGUAAUUUACAAGCAGCAUUAAAAAUUUUAAACUUUAAUUUUGAUCAAAAAUCGGAGGAUGAGUCAGAAGAGGAGGAAUCCAAAGAAAAUGGAACAGAAUGUAAGAAAAUGGAAUCGGAAAGUAAAGAUGCUACUAUAGAUGUUGCUGAUAAUGAUAAUGGUGAUACAAAAUCAAUGGAAGAUAAAUGGCCAUUAGGAUAUUCUGAUGAAUCACCAUCAUCAUUGGCAGAAUUGAAAAAUACGGAAUGCCAAAUAUUAAAAUUUAUUGAAAAACAUUCGUCGGAAAACAGUCAAAAACAAUCUGAACAAGAAGAACCAUUUAAUGAAUUUGAGUUUGAAAAUGAAA